AUGAGGUUUCCUAUUGCUCAUCUUUUUUCCAUCACACUCUUCGCAAUUAUCAGCGGUGCGAGUCCUGCGAACUUCUGUGCAAAGCCUCCUUACUUUUUGCUCAUUGGCGACUCGACCGUCGCUGUGAAUGGUGGCUGGGGAAAUGGCUUCCUUUCGUACUUGAAGAGUCCAGGCCUAGGCGAGAACCGUGGAGUCAGCGGUUCAACAACUGUCUCGUGGAAGUCUAAUGGCCGAUGGGACGCUCUCAUCGAAACUAUUGAAGCUUCUAAAGGCGAAUUCGAACCCAUUGUCACGAUUCAAUUCGGCCACAAUGACCAAAAGGUCCUUGGACAAGACGAAUUUCGAGACAACUUGCAAGCAAUGGCAAUAGAAAUUGAGGAGGUCGGCGGUACUCCUAUCUUCAUUACAUCGCUUACACGGAGACGAUUUGAAGACGGUCAGGUCGUGGAAAAUCUCGCCGACUGGCGGAAUAAGACUAUCGAGGCUGCCAAAGCUGUAGGUGUCAAGUGGCUGGAUCUCAACAAAGCAAGUACGGACUAUGUGAACACCAUUGGGGAGGACAAUGCACACUACUACAAUCUGAACGGCAGUGAUCGCACUCAUCUCAAUUUGGCAGGCGAGAUUGUCUUUGGCCGUAUGACUUUGGAUCUCUUGCUCAAGGCUCGUCCAGACUUACGCAUGUAUUUUGAGUCCAACGUAGAACUGUCGGAUAAACUUGCCAAUGGCGAGUUCGCUACGGGGGAGGAAUAG